AUGCGCUGUACGUUCAUUCGAGGAAGUGGCAGGAAGAGGCAACUCAAACGACGGAGAAGAGUUUGUUGUUUAUUCUGCGUUCAGAGAGGACAAACCGGCCCGCAGCCUUUUCAAAAUGUCGGGAUUUGAUAGCAACCCGUUCGCAGAGCCUGCCAGCGACAACCCUUUCAAUGACCCGUCGGUCACACAGGUGACCAGCUCCAACGUAGAACCCGUUGACCAGUUCAACCCGUUCCCCGCUCAUCCCACAGACAACCUAGCUGCUCACACCACUCCAGCCUCCACCUCUCCCUACCAGCCUGCUGUGUUACAGCCAUCUACAGAGCCAAGUCCGCAAGCGAUGGCCGCUGCAGCUCAGGUCAAUCUGCUGAAGCAGCAGGAGGAGCUGGAGAGGAAAGCUGCCGAGCUGGACCGCAGAGAGCAGGAGCUGCAGAACAGAGGCCCGUCAGGUAAAGAGAACAACUGGCCUCCACUUCCCAAGAGCUUCCCCAUCAAACCAUGUUUCUAUCAGGACUUCUCAGAGGACAUCCCACCCGCGUGCCAGAGAGUCUGCAAGAUGAUUUACUAUCUCUGGAUGUUCAACUGUAUGACUCUGUUCCUCAACCUGCUGGCGUGCUUGGCUUACUUCACCGCUGAUCCGGUUUAUGGUGUGGAUUUUGGCCUCUCCAUUCUCUGGCUCAUCCUCUUCGCUCCCUGCUCCUUCAUCUGCUGGUACCGGCCCGUCUACAAGGCCUUCAAGACGGACAGCUCCUUCAGCUUCUUCUUCUUCUUCUUUGUGUUUUUCUGCCAAGUGGUGAUCUUCAUCAUCCAGGCUGUAGGCAUCCCCAAGUGGGGGAACAGCGGUUGGAUCACUGCCUUCACCAUCAUCGGCACACACACGGCAGUGGGAGCCAUCAUGAUCAUCGUGGCCAUCCUCUUCACCAUCUGCGCUGUGCUGUCGAUCAUCAUGCUCAAGAUGGUCCACAGCAUGUACCGCCGGACCGGGGCCAGUUUCCAGAAGGCCCAGCAGGAAUUCUCGCAGGGCGUCUUCACCAAUAAAAGCUUCCAAACAGCUGCUUCUGGCGUGGCAUCCACCGCCGCACAGGGGGCCUUCCAGGGAAACUAACCGAUGGUAGACUGAGCUGAGCUCCAUUCAACAGGUCAAGGUCUAUGUGUUAUCAGGUCUAGAUGGUUCGGUAAAACUAAGCUGAAUGAAUCAGGAAGUAGAGGUUCAGUGCGUACGCUGGAGCCAGAGGCUGCACAUUUUAAUCUGACCUCAUAAUGUAUAGACCUUGAGCUACACUAGCAGCCUCCCUCCUAUCAAUGCACGUGUAAUUCCCCAUGUUAACUCCGCUUCUCGUCGGCUCUGCUUGUAGAAAGCAAUCGAGGGGAAAGUCACGCAUCAGGUGCAUUCUGUGGUGGAAAGCAUGAAUGAAGUUGACUGAUGACUAUUUCAGUUUCUCCUGGCUUUGUACAUUUCGUGUGUGCACUUUUCUUGGCAAAGCUCUUCAGUGUAAUAUGUGACUGUGUGUGUGUGUGUGUGUGUGUGUGUGUGUGAUCCCAUGUCUUGAUCAUGUGGGCGCAGUACGCUUUUGUUUCCCUGAUCCUGUAAUAUAAAUAAGAUGAAGUCUUUCCACAUUCUUAAAAGGCAUUUAUUUUUGUUGUUGAACCUAUUUUGGAGAUAACCAUCUCUUUUUGUGUGCCGCAAAAUUUCAGUCUAAUACGGAAGAAACAUAACGGAUAAAUCACGCAGCUAAUCGUGUCUUUUCUGUCGGACUUUAGAUCUGAAGUUAUUACUGUAACUUUACAUUUAAUUCUGAGUGGCUAAUGAUUCAAAAAGGACAAAUACUCGGACUGAACCUCCCCGUCACUUUGAGAAGUACUAACUAUGUUUUUAAAACAUGUGCCUUUUGGCUUUUGUCUGGAACCAAACUUUUGCCAAGAUCUUUCUGAAAAACAACUGUGUUGUCAGAAACAUCUGUGUAAACACUGUAUAUUUUAGUAUCUGUCAUCACAUUAAACAGUUUCUACACGAAGAAGAGACACAGAGGAAAUCAGAGUGUUUUGCUUCCAUUAACUCCAUGCUUGUAAACAGCUAAUUUAAUUUCUACUGUAACUUAGAACACACAGAGACGAUCAUUUGAUUUCACUUGCGGCCAAAUUACUUAUUAAAGCAUCAGAUUUUUUUGUUUCUUAUCAUUUACUUCUGCGUUGUUUACACUUUCAAGAGUUGUUUCUGAGGAAACCAAAGCAAUACUGACUAUAAUAAUGGAACAUUUAAUUAAAAGUAGGUUGACAUCAAUGUAUAGAGUUUGUUCUAUUAAUCACUACUAACAGUAAAUGCAAGACGAGCAACGCUUUAUGUUUCAUGAAGAUUAAGUGUGUUGAGCUCAGUGUAAACUUGCCGUAACACUUUAAACCUUCUCCUAAAGCGAACCAGUGUCUCAACCUCACCAGUAUGCAGCCGAGGUGCAUUUUCAUUUUCUAUCACUUCUUCAAAAGUCUUCCUCUUCAUGACGACCACCCAGCUGUAAAUUAUUUGUGUACUGGUGUAUAUUUUCUAUGUGUUUUCUUAAUAAAACAUCCACGCGUGUGUUUAUUUGAUGUCCUGUUUUAGAGCGUCAGCUUGGGUGUAACACAUGUUAGCGUUUCCUGGAGAACAACUGCAAACUCUUACCAAUCGUGUGACGUUCCUGCAGCAGAAAGCGGUUUAAUUUAAGGUUCGAGCUUACAUCCAUCACAUAACACAAGACUUGUACUGAUCCACACGUCGCUGAAUGCAUUGUUUUGAGAGAGAACAGAAUCUAGUGCCUUUUGUAUUUCAAUAUUGAAUAUCGCAUCAAUAAAAUGCUUUGCUUUCAUUUAAA